AUGGAUAAUAAGAUCGAGAAACCCACAGACUUGCAGUUGGACAAUGAUUUUCCUUUGGCCGAUGAUGGUAAGUGGCUUUGAAUAUUGUUUUAUCUUUUGUUUAGAUUCCGUCCCCAAUGAAGUGGAUAAUGUCGCCAAAACUCCCAGGCAAGCUCAACCUUUGCCACGAGAAGAAGUAGAGGACACCGAGGAAAAGGCGAGAUUAAUUUCACAGAUUUUGGAGCUACAAAACACAUUGGAAGGUAGGCGUUUUUUACGUCUUCUUCUAGGUAUUAGAGUUGUCCUGGAAAUUUACGAAAAUUUCGAUUCUUUCAGAUCUCAGCCGUCGAGUGGAUUCGGUGAAAGAUGAGAGCCUCAAGCUGGGAGCUGAGAAUCAAGUGUUGGGCCAGUACAUUCAAAAUCUCAUGUCCACAAGUCCAAUUUUCCAGCCCGCCAACUCCAAAAUGAGUACAUCCAUGACAAAGUAAUGGUUAUUUUACUUUGUCAUAGUUUUCACUGCUAAACUUGUAAUCCUAUUGCUUUUUCACUUCCCAACUAAUGUUUGUGUGAGAUUACGAAGCCUUUGAAAUACCUUUCACCGCCUUGACACCACUUUUUACCUAGCCUUUAACCGUGUGCUUUUCCCUAUAAUUGUUAAUCGAUCUCACACAUCCGAAGUCACACUUCUGUCCUAGAUUGCUGUUCUACAGUCUUUUGUACAUGUUUUUGUUCAUCCCUUUGCAUAAAUAAUACGGUAAUAACACAUCGGUUAUCUGCGAUAUUGUUUUAGUUGAUUUGAUGUAAAAUUUGCCAAAUUUUUGUUGAUUUUAUAAUUCAUACUAGUUUUUAGCGAGUGGAAAAUACGAUAAGGCUCUGUUGACAUAUUUUGAGAGCGUUUUGAAGCUUUCAAGAUCCUUUUGGAUACAUGUUUCACCUUAUUUUAGCCUAAAACAAGGUCAAAUCUGAAAAAAUGCACGAUUUAAUCUCAAAGCUCACAAAUUUCUCAAAACUUGAUGUUGUAUCGUAAUUGUGGUGUGUUUUUCAGCUCAGCACUUGAGGAUUCGGAUAUUCAUGAUCAAUUUUAUUGGUGA